CCCAUAAAAUCACCAAACCCUAAAUAUAAAAAGUUUUAAAAAAAACUAAUCCAAACCAUAUCCAUCACCCCCAAAAUCAAUAAUGUCGGACCACAUACCUUUCGAAAUCCAACAGAAAAUCAUGAAAAAACUUCCGGUGAAAUCAUUACUUCAAUUCCGAACAGUUUCUAAGGAAUGGAAGUCUCUCAUCGAUAGCGCCGACUUUAUCCUUGGAUACAACAACGAACAACAGCAGCAGCAUCAUCAUAUACUUGUCAGGUACGAUGAUUCACAAAUUCCCGGAGAAGAACAAUUUGUUUCCAUUAUUGAUGAUCAUACUUUCCCUCAAUGUAAGUCCUCCCCAACCGUUCCCAUACCCCUUAAGUUACUUAAAUGCACAAUUAUCGUGGGUUGCUCUCGAGGCUUAUUCUGCUUGUAUAAUUUUUAUUCUGAUUAUGCUAAAAAAAUGGCUGUUAUUUGGAACCCCGCAAUUAGAAAAUCUGUUGCUAUUGCGGUUCCUAAUAUCUUGGAUCCACCGAAUGUAACUGUUAUCGGUUUUGGGGUUUGUCCAAAUACUAGUGAUCUUAAGCUUGUGAAGUUCGCAUAUGUUUUUGAUUCGUUGGAUUUAAAUUUUGAGAACCCUUCUUGGCAAGCUGACGUUUUUACGCUAAGUUCAGGGGAAUGGAGACGUCUAGUUCUUAAUCUACCUUCUAACUCAAUAAUGGCGGUGACCCAAAAUCAGGUGGAUGUAAAUGGGUUUAUUUAUUGGCGUUAUAUUGGUAAGAUUUCUGAGGAUGAGGUUGAUAUGAUUAUGUCGGUUGAUAUGGCUGGUGAAGAAGUUACACAAGUAUGCCUGCCGGCUACUUUAGCUCUCAAAACCGACAUUAAUUUGUCUAUAUCUAAGUUGAGGGAGUGUCUUGUUGUGCUUGAAUGUAAUACAAAGGCCGAGAAACGAGUUUAUGGUGUCUGGAUGAUGAUGGAGCAUGGUGUUCCGGAAUCAUUUACAAAGCUAUACACUAUCAACAUACCAGAUGCAUCAAUAAGAAAUGUUCUUGGAUUUAGGAAGAGCGGUGAAGCUCUAAUUGAACUUGUAAAUUUAGAUGAUACUGAUCAGGAUCCGAUUGUUGUUUAUGAUCCCUCUUCAGGACACAUCAGUAAUAUAGGGAUUUCCGGAGUUGGGUACUCAUGCUUUGCAAGUUCGUACAUGGAAUCACUACUUUUGCUUGAUCAGUGAGACUAUUGUAGUAACUAUUUAGGGUCAAAGAUAAUUGCAGCAUCACCAAGUGUCGUGCUUAAAACAUAAGGUUUGGAGCAGGCAAGCAACUGAGCAAGAGUUGUGAAGAUUAAAGUGCAGUCAUGGUAGUAUAGAUUAAGUUAGAGUUAAACCUUAGAUGCUUUUGUUAUAGCGGAACUGAUGUUCAAACACCUAUUAUGUUUAAUUUUUACAUAUUUUGUGAAAUUAUUCACACA